UAAACCACCGGGAUGGACUGAACGGGCUCCGGCAGCUCGUCUUCACAUGGCAGGCCGCUGGAAAUGUAACUUAUCUGGUGGCUACAUUAGCGGAAUAACGGCCGGCCGUCCUCGGCUUCAGCGGAACAGGUCAGACCGGACGGAAGGGAGAAGAGAGAACGGAGCGUGAAGGUGGGAAGUGACCAUGGAGGUGAUGUCCCACUGUCCUCUCACCUCGGCUGGCCAGCUGGUGUGGUUGACCCUGCUUGUGGUUUCAACAUGGACCGCCUUGUGUUCAGCAGAUAUAAGGCAGACAAGAUGGCCUUUAUAUUCCCAAAAGCCAGUACUUCUUGCCUGGAACGCACCGACACAGGAAUGUACGCCACGACAUCGUGUAGCUCUGUCUUUAGAUCAGUUUCACAUUGUAGCAUCUCCCAAUGAGGGCUUUGUCCGACAGAAUCUCACUAUUUUCUAUAAGGAACGCCUCGGGUUGUAUCCCUAUUAUGAGCAUGGUGGCACUGCGGUGAACGGAGGCCUCCCCCAGCUCGCCAGCCUCACUCAGCACUAUGAAAAGAUGCCCGAGGGGGUGCAAAAAUAUAUACGAGAGCCUGAUGCAAAAGGUUUGGCUGUUAUUGACUGGGAGGAGUGGCGUCCACUGUGGAUCAGAAAUUGGGAUACUAAAGAUAUCUAUAGGAAUAAAUCCCGUGUAAUGGUGGCCAAAAAGAACCCGACGUGGACCCCAGAACAGGUGGGGAAAGUGGCGCAGCAAGACUUCGAGCUAUGGGCACGAAAAUUCAUGCUGGACACUUUGAAACUCGCCAAGAAUCUGAGGCCCAAUCAGCUGUGGGGCUUCUAUCUGUUCCCGGAUUGUUACAACCACGACUACAGGGCUGGCCUGCAGAACUACACCGGCCGCUGUCCGGCUGUGGAGAUGUCUCGCAACGAUCAGCUCAACUGGUUGUGGAUGGAAUGCACGGCGCUCUUCCCGUCCAUUUACAUGGGCGCCGCGCUCCGCUCCACAAAUCACGGGCGGCUCUUCGUGCGAAACAGGGUGAAGGAGGCGAUGCGCCUGGCGUCUGUUGGAAGUGGACUCGCUCGCCCUGUUUUUGUUUAUACACGGCCCACUUACAUCAGUCAGAUGGCACUCCUAACUGAGACUGACUUGGUUUCCACCAUCGGAGAGAGCGUCGCGCUUGGAGCUGCAGGGGUCAUCUUCUGGGGGGACACCUCCUACGCAAGCAGCAGUGCCAACUGCUUAACCCUGAACGACUACCUGAAGGGAGCACUGGGCCGGUAUCUCCUCAACGUGUCCACGGCGGCUGAGCAGUGCAGUCGGGAGCUGUGUAAAUCCCACGGCCGCUGCCUUCGCCGACUGCAAGAUAGCGACGUGUAUCUUCAUCUCAGCCCCUCCACGCACAGGAUCAGCAGUCAGGGUGGGAAGCUGAAGGUUACAGGAGCGCCCGGCCAAGCUGAGCUGGCUGCUUUCCGUACACACUUCCAGUGCCAGUGCUACAGUGGGUACAGGGGCGACGGCUGCGUUCAGAAAGAAAAAGGGCUGAAUAGAGCUUCCUCUGUCUUUGGGACCUGGCCUCUUUGCCUUUUACUCCCACUUGGCCUCCUCACUCUGCUGCAUUGAGGAAAUAGGAGAAACCAAAACUAUUCACAGCUUCUGCCAGCCCUGAAAAGGACACUUCAGAAUAUUUGUCGUAAAUGUGGUACGGUUGAAGCAAUCGGUCCCAAACUUAUUCCAGAUGAGUCCAACACAGUAUCCCAACUUAGUGUAAUACUGAAACAAAGAGGGUUCAGAAGAGUUCACCCGAGAUGCUUAAUAACACAGAUCCUGCAGGAGAAUAGCAUGGCCCGAUGCAGCGGAGCAUAUUGGUUCUCCAAAAAGGUGGAAUUAACAAAUUGUGAGCCUGGUCCUGGGAGCACACUGAAAUAGACUUCAGUGCCAAUUUAGAGAGAAGAAGUACCUCAGCACCAGCUUUCAGUUGUUCUUUCCAGCCGAGCCUCACUUUGAAAGGUGUCUGAUGGUUUUGGGGAAUCUCUCUCCUCCAUGAUAGGUUAUAUACGUCUGUGUUUGACUCUGGUGUCUUCUUCAGGACUUUGCAUCAGAUAUUUAAUAAUAAAAAUCACAAAAACAACCCCACAUUUGGCAGUGGUGAGCUACAGUGUACGGAUGAUGCCAGUAGUCACAUUUACAGAGCCUGUCACCUGAAAGGAGAUCUUCAUCCGAGCACAGGCAAAUGAAGGAUCUGUCAUACAGCAGUGCGAUGGCCCCGACUCCUGGUUAUCAUUUAUAUCAUAUUAUGUUAAAUAUCUCAACCGUAGCUCAAAGGCCUCAGUCAUGCUUCAUGCUGACCCAGACCUGCUUGUGAAGGGAUGUGAAUGGAUACUGAAUGGCUUUUUAGAUCUUUCUUUUUGGUAAUAGAAACAACAUGGCUGGACCUGCCUGUUUCUGACCAUCACUGCCUUAUUAGGGUUACAGAGUGAUAUAUAUAUAUAUAUACGUAUAUAUUUACAGCUCUUUUUGUUUACAUUUUUUGGGAAUUUAUUUCAGUAGAAUAUAGUUACAUUAAUUCCUAAAUGCCUACAAAGAUGUAAGUAAACAAAAAUGUGCUGAAGCAAAUGUACAAAAAAACAAGUAUGGCAAGAAAAGGAAUGAAUAACAGAAAAUGUAGGUGUCAGUAAUUAAUUUAAACAUGCCAUUUAAGUAACUUAUGAUAAAGACAAGUCAAGCCAAACUGUUAUUAACAUUUUUCAUUGAAUGAAAACAUGCAGGUUACAUCUGAUAGGAUUUAAUAUUAAUACAACUAAUUAGUUAUCUAGUAAAUCUAGUUAAUAUUAGUACAGAUCUGUGAGAAACCCAAUGACAGAAAUGCCAAAGAUAUAUUUAUUUGUAAAAUGGUUUUCAGAACAUUUUGGUUUCAACAAAACUGAAACAUAAGGGUUGUAUUUUCAAGUGUUUAUGUCAAAAAACCAUUUUAUAUGAAUUAUUUGAAACCUCAAACAUCUACACUAGUCUGGGGAUCUGCUGAUAUUUGACUUGUUUGUACAGCAAUUGUUUAAUGAUCGCAUCUGCUUUCAUUGUUAAUAUAAUUUCCGGACUGAAUGUUUCAUGUUUUAAUACAGCAGCUUGUGUAGGAAGAGAGCAAACAUGAGUCAUAGUACCAGUGUUUGUGUUGUUUUCUUCAAACUGAAAAACUGGGAUUGGCACAGAAAAAAGUGUUUUUGUAGGAUGUUUUAUUUGCACUUUAAACAUUUGUCUGUUGAGAUUGAUUGGGCUUUGUUUUGUGAGGUGUUCCCGUUUUUUUUUUUUUUUUUAAUUCUCAUUGCAGUAUAAAUGUGCUUAGGAACACUUUUUGUUCACAUGUAAUUUUAAAGAAAUGAUCCACUGUGAAUCUUGUUUAAAAUGAAAUUGGUACUUCUAUGUAUGCUCCGCUCAGCAUUUCAGAUCAGCAAUGAAAGAUUUCGGUUUUUUUUAUGACUUUUUUAAAACUUUUUUUUUAACAGUGAAAGAACCUAUGCUUUAUUUCUACAUUCCUUUGUUCUUAACACGUGAUCGAUUAUUGGCAGUGACUACUAGUUACGAAGGGACUCAAAGGGAUUCAAAAAAGAUAGUUGUGUAGACAAACUUUAGUUAAAAUGUUUUCUGCAUCAGAGAGUCUUGUUUUGCCCAAAUUUCACUCAGAUUUGUUUUUGAAAAAAAAAAAAAAAAACAUAACUACUUGACCCGGGAUUUACUGAAGGAUGAACUUUACAAUUUAGCAUAUGCAUUUUCCAGGGACUGUAAUUUUUUUCACUAACUAUGAAAUAUGCCAAGCCUUUAAUCCUCACUGUAUAAACUUGAUGCCGGUGCCUUGUGUUUUGUGAUCCAACAACAACUAAAUAAUACAGUCUAAAUCUUUGUAAAAUCUUUUUUUAACUUGAACAAAUAAAUGCUGGAUCUGUA